AUGGCAGAGAAAGUCAUCUCUAUUGAUCAUGUGAUCAACGACCCUCUGCAACCGGAGCAUGUCCCGGCCGAACUCGGUAUUGCUCGUCAACGACCAACUCCAGCACGAGAAGCCCCGACUAUUCCCGAGUUCCCGUUUGGGGACGACCGAGGAAGACCGGAACCGCCACCUUCUUUGGCCCCGAAUAUACCACCUGCACCCCGAGAAGAAGCUUCCUCGAUUAACGAUGAGUAUGAGCCUAUUUCUGAGGUUUUUGAUGACUAUGACGUUGCCCCAACGGUCGAACAACAUGAUGCUGGGGAGGAGCCGUGUAGGCAUCCUUCUCUGUUUGAAGAGGCUGACCUGCCAGAGGUGCAGCCCGAUGGUUCGAGACUCCCAGCUUUGGAGUCUCCGCUGGAAGUGCCACUCCAGCCGCUAAACCUUGAGGGUGAGAAUGCUGCUCCUGUUGCUCAUGAGAGCAACGAUGAUCGCCACUCUGUUACAUGUGUUCUGGGAAGCCCCCGGGGCUCAGAGUAUACUGCCCUAGAGGACACUUCAGAGGUUGCCGAGAUUGACUACGACGAUUCUCACCCCCUGAUCCAACACGGCCCCGAGAUAGCCGUGGAGGGUAACAAUUUUCCGCAGAGUCACGCUGUGCUCCCCCCUGCACCUUUUGCACAGGACCCUGCUGUCUGUCCUCAUGAUGGAGGUAAUCCUCAGGUCGGACUGGUUCCGACCACGACGAUGAUCCCCGAUGAUGCCAACGGCUUUCAAACUAGCCAGAUUGGUCAGGUUAGUUCUCGACGUUCAGCACGAACUAGGUAUCAGACGACCUUUUUCAGUCCUGACCAUUAUGGCCAGGAUGGCUCCUAUUCUUCCUCGACUACUCAGAUGCCUACUCGUGGCUCUGAGUAG